AUGCUUUGUUUGCCGUGUGGAAAUUCGACUCACCGAACACCUCACCGAACUUCUUCCAGGAAUCAGUCUUGGCUUUUGCCACUGCUGUUACUAAUAAUCUUAAUAUAUAUGGAGUUCAUUAAGUACUUAAUUUUUUGUCAUAGGCAUAUAGUGUUCUACAAAAACGGCGUCAACCAAGGUGUAGCAUUCAGUGAUAUUUAUGCAGGCACUUACUUCCCGGCUGUGUCGCUGUACAAGAAUAUAUCGGUGUCUGCGAAUUUUGGUCCACGCUUCAUGUUUCCUCCGAAAGAUGUUUCCUUCAAACCGCUGCGGGUGCUGCAGCACGAGGAUACUAUUUCAGUUAUGUCUACCUAA